AUGAGUUCCUUACGAUUUCUUGACCUCGUCAAGCCCUUCGUGCCGUUCCUCCCCGAGGUUCAGCAACCGGAGACCAAGAUCCCCUUCAACCAAAAAUUGAUGUGGACUGGCUUGACGCUUUUGAUCUUCCUGGUCAUGAGCCAGAUGCCGCUCUAUGGCAUCGUUUCUUCCGACACGUCCGACCCGCUAUACUGGCUGCGCAUGAUGAUGGCUAGCAAUAGGGGAACGCUGAUGGAGCUGGGUAUCACUCCCAUUAUUUCCUCUGGCAUGGUCUUCCAGCUCCUCGCUGGCACCCACAUGAUCGACGUCAACCUCGACCUUAAGUCGGACCGCGAGCUCUACCAGACUGCCCAGAAGCUGUUCGCCCUCAUCCUCUCUGUUGGCACCGCUACCGUAUACGUGUUCACUGGCCUCUACGGCCCCCCGAGCGACCUCGGUGCCGGCAUCGUCUUCCUCCUCAUCCUCCAAUUGGUCGUCGCAGGCAUGAUUGUCAUUCUCCUCGAUGAACUCCUCCAGAAGGGGUAUGGCCUGGGCAGCGGCAUCUCGCUCUUCAUUGCCACCAACAUCUGCGAGUCUAUUAUGUGGAAGGCUUUCUCGCCGACCUCUAUCAACACUGGCCGCGGCCCUGAGUACGAGGGUGCCGUCAUUGCUCUGUUCCAUCUUUUGAUGACCUGGGACAACAAGCAGAGGGCUUUGCAGGAGGCUUUCUACAGACAGAACCUGCCCAACAUCAUGAACCUUCUGGCUACUCUUCUCGUCUUUGCCGCCGUUAUCUAUCUUCAGGGAUUCCGCGUCGAGAUCCCCGUCAAGUCGUCGCGCCAGCGUGGUGCGCGUGGCUCGUAUCCGGUCCGCCUGUUCUAUACCUCCAACAUGCCCAUCAUGCUGCAGUCCGCCCUUUCGUCCAACAUCUUCCUGAUCAGCCAGAUGCUCUACUCUCGCUUUUCCGAGAAUCUCCUGGUUCGUCUCUUCGGUGUCUGGGAGGCCAAGGAUGGCUCUUCGCAGCUGUCGGCCGUUUCCGGCCUCGUCUACUAUAUGUCCCCGCCGCUCAACUUCAAGGACGCUCUGCUGGACCCCAUCCACACUGCCGUCUACAUCGCCUACAUGCUCACCGCCUGCGCCGUGUUCUCCAAGACGUGGAUUGAAGUGUCUGGCUCAAGCCCCCGCGAUGUCGCCAAGCAGCUGAAGGACCAAGGUCUCGUCAUGGCUGGCCAUCGCGACCAGAGCAUGUACAAGGAGCUAAAGCGCAUCAUUCCCACCGCGGCUGCCUUUGGCGGCGCCUGCAUUGGAGCCCUCUCGGUUGCGAGCGACCUCAUGGGCGCCCUCGGCUCCGGCACCGGAACUCUCCUUGCUGUCACAAUCAUUUACGGCUACUUCGAAAUCGCUGCCAAGGAGGGUGACCUGUCGGGCAUGAAGGGCAUGAUCAUGGGCUAG